AGAAUAACGGAUCUGGAGUGCUGAAUAUGCAAAUUUUGCUCUCUUCGUACAACCCGGCUAACCUCAACUUACCCGCUAUAACAAUGUUGCGAAUGGCUGAGGACAACGAUAAUAUAUGCUGCACAACAGCGGAGCCUAAUCAAACGAACGUUAAAAAUCGUAGAAAUGUUCUAAAUCACAGUGGGAAGGGAGAUAAGAUGUUAAUACUAAGUGAUAAUAGAAGCGGUGGAAGGGACGAUUCACUUAACGAUGAUGAGCGGAUAGAAGAGAUCAUGUAUUUCGUCGAGGAUAUGAUAGUAAAAGACUCGAAUAGUCACCUAUUGAAGGAAGGAUUUGAACAACCCGAGGAAUGA